CUUUCCUACCCUUCUCUUUCCAUCUCAGUUUCAAAUCAAGACGACUGGGACAUGCACAUUUAGUUCCGACUGCCCUCCUCACAUUUCCUUACGAUGUUCAUCUCGGUUUCCUUUAGUGGGAAGAAACGGUUGAGCCGUGUACAGGGCUAGAAUCUGAUCUGGGAUCUGAGGAAAGGAAAGAGAGGAGCAUACUGACUGGGGACAGUGUGGUUCCCAGAUACCCGGUGCGUGAGUGUGGGAGUGUGUGUGUGUUUGUGUAUAUCGGAGUGCGUUGUGCCCCUGAGAUUAUUUUCAGCAGGCAGUGCAGAGAUGAGAGAGAGAUGAGAGAAGGAGUGAGAGAAGGAGAGAGAGAGAGAGGAGAGAGAGAGAGAGAGAGAGAGAGAGAGAGAGAGAGAGAGAGAGAGAGAGAGAGAGAGAGAGGAGAGAAAGGAGAGAGAGAAAGAUAGAGACAGGGAGGAGAAAGAUAGAGAGCGAGAGAAAGAGAGAGAGAGAAAAGAUAGCGAGAGAGAAAGAGUGAGAGAGUGGCUGCUGUUGCUGUUUCCUAUGGGGGGCCUGUUACCGAGGGGAGGUGGAGAUUUACACUCCCUCUCAGUCAAAGUGCUCCCUCCACUCCUGCUGCGCUCUGAGACACACACAGACACACACACACACACACGCUCCCAACUCUCCACAGGAAAACCCAGAGCCUAAUGCGCAGCACCUCACAGGCAGCACACUGCCACGUACGUUGGGCAAACCAAACCAAGUGGGACACUAACUCCGACUCUGCGACUUUGAUAGUUGGUUAAUUACUCAUGUGAUGUGAUUCAGAUGUCUAGGGGCUUCAACAGAAAGUUCGCCUGACGGUUCCAACAGGGGAGGCAGGAGCAGACAUUUUAGGAGAGCAGAGCGCUCUCACCACCAACAGUACAUGGGGAACCCCUACACUAUCUGUCCAUCUCCUGAGACAAAGCGUGGAAUGUGUUCUAUAAUGGGCGCCCCAAUCGUACAUGUGUUGGUGCUAAUGGCCGUCAUGGCCGCCCUGCCUGGCCCUGGAAUGUGUCAGAUAAACAGCACCACAGACGAGGGGGAGAAGGACUCCCUACCCCCAGACCAGGGCCUGGUCCUCCACAACACCCACAUCACCCUCCAACCCCUGGGCUUCCACAGCACCAGCAGCCCCUUCCUGGAGCAUGGGAGCCCCAUCUCCACCAGGGGCCACCAGGGGCCGCAAUGGCACAGGGUCGGAGCUGGAUCUGGGGCCACAAACAUCACCAGGAUAAGGGCCCCUCCAUCAUGCACCAUCGCCACUUCCAUUCAAAGCUAUUUCAAAUACAUCAACACAGUGAUUUCUAUCAUAGUGUUUGUGGUGGGCAUAGUGUGCAAUUCCACCCUGUUGAGAAUUAUCUACCAGAAUAAGUGCAUGAGGAACGGGCCCAAUGCCCUCAUCGCCAGCCUGGCACUGGGAGACCUCAUCUACAUCACCAUAGAUAUACCCAUCAACGUCUACAAGGUAAGAGACGCAUAUCCAUCCUGUACACUGGACAUCACAGUGAAUGUUGCAUGGAUGUAUUGAAGCAUAAUUGCAUCUCAGAGAGAUUGAGAGAGCGAGAAAUUAUUUCACUUGCUUUGGCAAUGUAAACAUAUGUUUCCCAUGCCAAUAAAGAUUGAAUUGAAUUGAAAAAGAGAGAGAGAGAGAGCGGGUGAGAGAGAGAGCGAGAGAGAGCGCGCA